UGCACAAGAUGUAUACAUACUUUCAAAAUAUUUUUAGCCUCGUCAUUUAAAAUUGAAACAAGAUGGCAGUACAAUGUCAUUUCCUGUUUAGUGCAUUAAAUUUGUAAAUAUGGAGUGAUAUCGUUGAAGUUUUUGAUGUAGAAAGUUAUCAAACAACAAACACAGUUCAGACGAUUACAUGUCAUUUUUUUUAUGAUCACAUCAACGUUGUUCAGAUAAUAGCAGAAAAAGUGGCUAGAGAAGAACAAAAAAUGGCGAAACAGUCGUACAGUAUUGUUGAAUAUUAUGCUGAACAAGAAAGAUAUAGCUGCGGUUACUGUAAAAGUCCGAAUACAAAUUUUAGUCAUGGCAUGGGAACCCAUAUACUGACUGUGCAAGAUUAUCAGAGUUUAAUAGACAGAGGUUGGAGAAGAUGCGGUUCUUAUUGUUACAAACCAACAAUGGAUCAAACAUGUUGUCCAAUGUAUACCAUCAAAUGUGAGGCAUUACAGUUUAAAAUUUCUAAAUCGCAGAAGAAAGUCUUGAAAAGAAUGGCUAAGUUUUUAAGAAAUGAAUUACAGAAGGACGAUAGUAUGGAUAUUGGUGAAGAUGACCACUGUGAUAAUAUAGAUAUUGCAGAAAUUCCUAAUCAAAGCAAACACUUUUUAAAAGCCCAAGAAAAUGUUUCUGACAUGAAUGUAAAAUUUGUAAAUGAUGAAGUGAACAUGAGAUUACAUCCUGAUGUAUCGAGCAAAGAAAACAAAGCUAAUGAUUUGAAAGUUCCACAAAAGAGUUCAGAAAAUAUACCUGUGGCAUCAAGUCAUAAUAAUGAGACAGACAGUACAUCUCACAAUUCACAGUCUGCAAAGACUGCAACUAGACCACCAUGUAUGAAAGCAAAAAUGUUACGUAAACAACGCAAACAGAAUAAAUUAUUAGCACAAGGAAAAUCUCCAGAAGAAGUAGAAGCUAUCUUUAACGCGAAUAAACAGGAUAAUAAUGCUAAAAGUUUAGAGAAGUUGUUUGAUGAAGUGUGUAAUGGAACCAGUAGGCUGGAGCUGAAACUAGUUAGAGUUUCACCAAUGAGCUCUGGAUACAUAGAAACAUCAAAACAGUCUUAUGAAGUAUAUAGAAAAUAUCAAACAAUGAUACAUGGAGUUGUACCAGAAAAGGUUACAGAGAAGCAGUAUAUAAGAUUUCUUGUCAAAUCACCUUUACAGAUAAAAUUAGUGAGAACAAUAUCCGAUGAAUUUAUUAACACUCUUGAAGCAAGUGCAAACGUUUAUAAAAAGUACCAGAUGAUUAUCCAUGGAGAUCCGCCAGAAGAGUUGGAUACCGAAUCGUUCCUUAAUUUUAUUGUAAAAAGUCCUUUGCAGCCAUGGACACCAGAAGAUGGACCGCCCAGCGGAUACGGUUCCUUCCACGAACAAUACUGGUUAGAUAAUGAAUUAAUUGCCGUUGGAGUAAUAGACAUUUUACCUUCCUGUAUCUCAAGCGUUUAUUUUUUCUAUGACCCAGCGUACUCUUACCUCUCUCUUGGAACCUUUAGUUCUCUUCGAGAGGUUUACUUAACGAGAGAGCUGAAUAAAGUGGCGCCAGCUUUAAAAUACUACUACAUGGGAUUCUAUAUACACACAUGUCCUAAGAUGCGAUACAAAGCACGAAUGAGGCCGUCGAAAUUAUUGUGUCCUGAAACUUAUGGAUGGUUCGAUAUAGAGCCUUGUUUAUUGAAAUUAGAUAAACAGAAAUAUAGUAGAUUGAACGAUGACAUUGAUGCAAUCGACGAAGAUGGUGUAAUCGAUAUUCGCAAGGUAUUGGUUUUGUAUCGUGAAGUUGCCAUGCCGUAUGAAAUAUAUAAAAGACAGUCUCAUCACUCAGUGUCGCCAGAAGAGGAAAAUGAAAUUAAAGAGUAUGCUAGUUUGGUUGGAAUGAAGUGUGCACAGAGAUUGUUACUUUAUCGCUGUUAGACAUUAGGUCUGUGAAAGAUUUCAAUUUGCAUAUUCUUUUUUUUUAAAUAGAGAAUCUUAUUUUAUGAAAAGACAAGGCACUAUUGUUAUAAAAUAACAUUGAUUAAUUAGUACGUAAACUUAAAAUUAGCAACUUCGAAUAAAGUAUUUGUGAUGAUAAAAUGUAUAGCGAACUAAUAAAAUUCUUUCCAAUUA